ACCCAUCUAUCUCACUCAACAAUUUCUUAUUCAAAACAAAAAACAAUAACACUAUUAUUAUUAUUAUUAUUGCUAUGGCUUCAAACAAAGUCAUUGCCACCAUUUUGGUGCUCUCUCUCUUAGCCUACUCAACACUCACUCAUGCCAAUUGCCCACCAAAAAAAGCAACUCCACCACCUUCACCGCCGGUGACGCCGCCACCGUCACCAAAACCAACACCACCAACUCCGACUCCGUCUCCGAAAGUAACACCUCCAACUCCUACUCCGACACCACCAACUCCGACUCCGUCGCCGAAAGUAACACCUCCAACUCCUUCUACUCCAUGUCCACCAACUCCAACUCCAUCUCCACCAUCCCAAGAAAAAUGCCCUAAAGAUACCCUAAAGUUAGGGGCUUGUGCUGACCUUUUAGGGCUUGUUAACAUCAUUAUUGGGACUCCACCAUCAAGCCAGUGUUGUGCAUUGAUUAAGGGUUUGGCUGAUUUGGAAGCAGCACUUUGCCUUUGCACUGCAAUUAAGGCCAAUGUGCUUGGAAUCAACUUGAAUGUGCCUAUCACACUUGAAUUGAUCCUUAGUGCAUGCCAAAAAACUGUCCCUCCUGGCUUCCAAUGUCCUUAAAUCAUUAUUAGUAGGUUUCGAUUUUUUAGAAACGGCAAAAAUUCACGUACAGUUGUCUUCACGUAGAGUUAAUAAUUGAGAAUCCUUAGUUGAAAAGCUAUAUUUAACGAUUCUCAAUUAUUAACUUUAGGUGAAGACAACUGUACGUGAGUUUCUAUCUUUAAAAAUACUUGCAUGUUUCUAGAAAACAUUUAAUUCAAAUUUUAGAAACUUUCACAAUCAUGUCUUUUUUAAAUAUAAUUUUUAAGUCAUUUUCAAACAUUACACUCACUCAUCUUAAAAUAUAUGUGUUUUUGGAUGUAUUGAAAAAUCGACAUAUCUUGACAUAAUAUACAUAUAUUGUGUUUUUGAUAUAUCAAUUGUUUAGUGUAUCCAAAGAAAUAAAAAAUGAAACUUAUUUUAAGAUGAGUGAAAUAAAUAAAAAUAGAUGAUUGUGAAUGUUUCUGAAGUAUAUAUUAAACGUUCUCUAGAAACAUACAAAAAUUUAAUUUCUUCGGAUAUAUAUAUAUUGUAUGAGAAAUUUUUUGUUAGAUGCUAAAUCUUAUUUAUGAUGAAGUAUCUAGCUAAGAAUUUCUUCUAGAGUGUGGUUUAAUUUGGUCUACUAUUAUGAUUGUUAAUAUUGUUGCAUUGCAUGUGUUGUUCUUGUCAUCAUGUAAUUGUUUUAAGUCGUUGUUUUGUAUGUUGGAAAGUGUUGGUCAGUUGCCUUUGUUAUUAUUGGCGAGUCUCAUCUGAACACUACUACUGUGUACCAUAAAUAUAUGUUCAGUGUAUACUUUUAGUUUCCAUCGUCAUCAA